UAUUUAUUUACAUUUCGUUUAACUGUUGUAGAUAUGAAUGAGAAUUCCACAAAAGGAGCUCGACAUGCACUCUUUACAUGUCAUCGAAAUCGAAAUGCGUUAUUCGUUGGUUCCGUUCUAUUUGUCGCCUUCAGCUGCAUUUUUAUGAUUUCAAGUUAUCUUUCUCCUCCCUACCACGUCAUACCUACAGGUUCUCAACAAUUUGUGUACUACUUCGAUCAAAAACAUUGGGCAAAUCGGACACAAAAGCGGAUUUUAUUGUGGACUAGGUAUUUCUACGAUGGCAUGUGGGAAAGAACAGCGCGGAAUGCGUUGGACAAAAGUGUUUGUCCCUACCAGUGUACAUUGACUUCCGACAAAUCCACCAUCAAAGAAUCGGAUGCUGUAGUCUUCCACUUGUUAGAUUUAUAUUUUUGGGAAAGUCCACCGAAGUAUCGAGAACCUCACCAGGUGUGGGUAUUGCACAAUGCAGAACCCCCGCCACAUCAGUUUUACACCGGAAGUUUUGUGACUUAUUCUCGCUUUGCUUUUAACUGGACGUUUUCAUAUAGAAGAGAUUCUACGAUAGCAGCUUCGUAUGGACGUGCCUUGCGACGAACAAAUAAGGAAUCUGCUGAACUUAACAGUAAACCUCGCACAGAUCACACAAAAGAAAAAAGCAAAAUGACGUAUGCUGUGAUAAGUAAUUGCGUUGAUGAUGCUGGGAGGUUUGCCUACGUAAAAACAUUAAGAAAAUACACUCCUAUUGAUUUGUAUGGUAGAUGUGGAAAUCUUACUUGCCCAAGAAAUGCAACUUGUGAACUUAUGCUAAAAUCUUACAGAUUUGCAAUAGCAUUUGAAAACAGUAAUUGUAAAGGAUACGUUUCCGAAAAAUUUUGGAAUGCUCUUCGAAGAGAAAGUAUACCUUUAGUGAACUGGAUCCCAGAACAGGUUCCCGUCGAUGCUCCUCCUAAAUCUUAUAUUAAUGUUCAUGACUUUCCGAAGAUGGAAGACUUGGCAAAACAUUUAGAUAUGUUAGCUUCGAACGAUACAGAGUAUAACAGUUACUUUGAAUGGCGGAAUGAUUACGUCAUCGAAGAUGGAUUCUUUCAAGGGUUCUGUACACUUUGCAAAGCUUUACACAAUAACUCAAUACCUGCUCAAGUUGUGGAUUAUCGAAGCUGGUUAUCAAACGACACUUGUCAGGCAUGGACGAUAUACAGUGUUUUCGCAAGAAGAAUUAAAAAUUAUUUUGUGUAAUCUCAGGAAACUUUACUAUUCUGUUGCAUCACAUGCACUACUUACAGCAUAAUAAUUCGUCAUUAAGCUGGAUGUUUAUGAAACAUGGUUGCUUAGAUGAUUCUUUUUGUUAUUUAUUCACAGCAGUUUGACUGCAAUAUAUGUCCAUUAUACAUGUACUAGUAUAUUAUACUUGUCCACAGUCAUAGAACGCGUUGGUGAUUGAAAUACAUACAUUUUGUUUCUUUGUUUUUAAAAUUUAUUUAUAUUUUAAUUUUAAUAUCUUAAACUUAAAGGUGUAUAUGCAUUUUUGCAUUUGGAACAUUUUACCUCUUGUACAAUAUACAAGUCAAGUUGAAUAGUUGGGCCAUUCAUUGUCUUAGCCACAUAUAUAAGGUGCUAAUAAAAGAUAUUUU